AUCGUUCACUUAAGAGAGCCGGCUCAUAGAGCCGAUUCGUACGCGACCGACACAUCACUACUGCUCCACGGUCUGGUCUGGUCCAGCUAACAUUAGCUGACUGACCUGCUUGGCUCAGAAGCUGGACGAGAUUCCACGGAUAACAAUGUUUUAUUUUUAGGCCUGAUAACGUUAAGACGAAACGCUGGAUGGUAACCAGGAACACAUAACUGGAACGGGAAGCCGUCAAUGCCAAGAAAGAGGGUGAGCUUAAAGAAAUCCAUGGCAAAGUGGCUGAAGGACUACCUAAACUUUGGCACCAGGCGUGACCCUCCACAGCCCCCGAGGCCAGAUUACAGUGAGAGUGAGAUUUUGAGGGCCUACAGAGCUCAGAAGGAGCUAGAUUUUGAGGACCCGUACCAACACUCUGAUAAGGAGCAUCAGAAUGGCGGUUUCAGCCCCUGUAGUGCCACAGUGAGCCAUCCCUCUUUCCCUGCAUUUGGUUCAGUGCUGCCGAAUGGUGUCGAGGUGAAAGUGGUGUCUCCCAAGCACAGAUUAAUUAAAGUGGACUCUCAGGAGUUUGGCCGCUGUAAAGUCCCCCUGAGUCCUGUGACUGUUCAAGAGGAACCUGUUGUUCCCUCUGCUCCAGCAGCGCCAGACGCUGACACAGACUACUCUGAUCCAUUUGAUGUCCGCCCAGACCCAAGAGGCAGACCAAACUGGGAGCCCAAAUCUGCACCAACAGACUGCUGCAGCUACAUGGAACCAUUUGAGGCCCAGCGGAUCAUCUCAGAACUGCAGCACAGCGUGAUGAGGUCUGGGAGUGGAGAUGACGGCCAGUUAUAUGAUAACCCGUACGAGGAGAGAACGCGUCACCACCACCGAGCUGCUCCACCAGCACAACUACAAACUCAGAGGGUUGAGGGCGGACUUGCCCAGAUAGACAGCAGGGAGAGCAGGCUGCCUCAGGAUGAUGAGAGGCCAGCUGAUGAAUACGACCAGCCCUGGGAGUGGAAGAAGGACAACAUCUCUAAAGCUCUAGCAGUUCAGUUUGAAGGUGCAGAAAGGGAGCGCUCGAGAGCUCAGACAGAACAGACCAGGCUCACCAAGACGGGCGCUACAUCUACCAGAGCUGACUCAACUACACUCCGUCUGGUUGGUGACACCCCUCCUCUCCUGGGAGAGAGAGUGGAUCCAUCUCUGCCACUGGAGAGACAAGUGUGGUACCAUGGAACCCUGAGCCGCUCGGAGGCAGAGUCUCUACUGACUCUGUGCAAGGAGAGCUCCUACCUGGUGAGGAACAGCCAGACCUGCCGGAACGACUACUCGCUCUCACUCAGGAGUUGUAAGGGCUUCAUGCAUAUGAAGUUCACUCAGUCUGCAGAGGGGCGUUACGUGCUCGGGGAGAACAGCCCUCCCUUCUCCACCAUCCCCGAGGUCAUCCACUACUACACUACACACAAGCUGCCAAUCAGAGGAGCUGAGCAUAUGUCCCUGCUGUAUCCUGUCAUAGUGCAGACCCUCUGACACUGACACACUCAAAUACUCCUGGUGCUACUGAAUACAAUAUAUACUCAAUAUUUACCUAUUUUUGCCCCUUUCCUACAAGCCUUUUCACUACCAUUCUACCUGCACUGCUCACAGGAGAUUGGAUGUUUUGGUGCCAUCUUUUCCGUUUACCAUAACCCCAGUAACUACACUGGCAGCUUAAGAAGAGAGCUCUGUGGCUUAUGAACCUUCGCCUGUGAACUGGUAUUGUCACUGAAAUCCCCGAAUUUUUAAUACCAUGGACUCCUGAAAAUCAGCAAUCAUUCGUAUUAAGAUUGGUAGCUGAGUACUUAAGAUAAAAAGACAAACUCUCGUCUUGAGGUGUCUUUGAGACCGUAGAAUCCACAAAAUAUUGCAUGGAAAUUUGUCUUUUACUGUAUUGCAGAGAGAGACUGUCCUGCCAGGUCACUUAAAGGAUAAUAGUGGUGUUUUCUUUUGGUUUGUGCCAAUCAUCUAGGUUGACUUUUCAGCCAAGGCAGCAGUUAUUUUCAUGCAAAUUCUAUCUUUUUAAAAAUGAUGGCUAUGGGGCGUGGGGAUUUAAACUAGAUGCAGAAAGUAGAAAAUGCAGUAAAAACAUUGCAACACUGUUAUCCUUUUUAAGUGUUAGUUACAAUAUCAACCAAACACUACAUAUUUAACCUUGGCAGUCUGUUGGCUCUGGGUUUCUCUGGGUUUCAGAGGCCGUUGAAUGUCGUAUGAUGCUGUAGCUGCGUGCCCUGCAGUGUUCUCCUCAGUUCAUGUUAUGUGUGAACAACACAAAGUGACAGUAUAAUGUCAGACAGACAUGACUUGUUAACUUCACACAGUAACAGACUCCUGCAAUACUAGUUUAGACAAUAAUAACUACAGUAUUAUAUUGAAAGCUUGUGGCUUUGUGAUCAUGACUAUUAAAGAAGCUUUGGUAGAUUAUUUACUCUGCUGUUUUUAUAAGAUUUUAAAUGUGUUGAAAAUAAAGGUGUCAUCUGUUUUUAAA